GGUGCUCGCCCCGUUCAGCGCCGAGCUGGCGGCUGCCCCGAGCCGUCCUGCCCCGAGCUCCGGCUCCGGGCUGCUCGGGGGGGAGCGGGGCUCCCGCCGUGCCCGCGCCUUGCGGGGCUGGCUUCGGGCAUGGGGAACCCGCGGGGACGUCCUGGAGACGGCUUGGACGUGGCCCCGGGGAGGGUGCCAGCGCUGGGGCACUUGUGCCAUCGGAGCUGGCCCGGUCCCGAGCGGGGCUGCCUCGUUGGGUAAGGCUGGGAGCGGCACCCGGCAGUUCCGGAGGAGCUUUCAUCAGCCCCGGGCUGGCCGGGGGCUCACGGGGAAGCAGCUGAGCUGGUGGCGACCAACGCAACGCUGGGUUUUCGAGCAGCUGAGCACCACCUGCGGAGGACAAGAUGUUUGGGGGAAAAAUGAGCAGCGUUGGGAAGAAGCUGAUCCGCCGGCGUGUGGUGGAUCUGAGCUCCGAGGAGACGCGUUUUGCUCGUUGCCUCUCCACGCUGGACCUUAUAGCCCUGGGGGUGGGCAGCACGCUGGGGGCUGGCGUGUACGUGCUGGCCGGGGAAGUGGCCAAGGAUAGGGCUGGUCCCUCCAUCGUCCUCUGCUUCCUGGUGGCUGCACUCUCCUCAGUACUGGCUGGGCUCUGCUACGCAGAGUUUGGGGCCCGCGUCCCCAAGACUGGCUCUGCCUACCUCUACAGCUACGUGACAGUCGGCGAGAUCUGGGCUUUCACGACCGGCUGGAACCUCAUCCUGUCCUACGUGAUAGGUACAGCCAGCGUGGCCCGAGCCUGGAGCGCAGCGUUUGACAACAUCAUCGGCAACCACAUCUCCACCUUCUUCAUGAACAAGACCACGGUACAUGUGCCAGGGGUGCUGGCCGAGCGCCCGGACUUCUUUGCACUGAUCCUGAUCGCGCUGCUGACUGCGCUGCUGGCCUUCGGCGUCAGCGAGUCUGCUCUGGUGAACAAAAUCUUCACGGCGGUGAACCUGCUGGUGCUGGGCUUCGUCAUCAUCGCCGGCUUCAUCAAGGGAAACAUCAAGAACUGGCAGCUCACGGAGGAUGACUACAACCACCUCGUGAGCCCAGACGUGUCAAAUGAGACCAGAAUAAAAGAGUUUGGAUCCGGAGGGUUCGUCCCCUUUAAGCUGGAAGGGAUCCUGACUGGUGCCGCCACGUGUUUCUAUGCCUUCGUGGGGUUCGACUGCAUCGCCACCACAGGGGAGGAAGCCAGGAACCCGCAGCGCUCCAUCCCCAUCGGCAUCAUCGUGUCCCUGCUCAUCUGCUUCGUGGCCUAUUUCGGGGUGUCUGCAGCACUCACCCUCAUGGUGCCCUACUUCCUUCUGGACAAGGGGAGCCCGCUGCCCGAGGCUUUCAAGGCAGUGGGCUGGGAGCCCGCCCGCUACGCCGUCGCCGUCGGCUCGCUCUGCGCGCUCUCCACCAGCUUGCUGGGCUCCAUGUUUCCCAUGCCCCGUGUGAUCUACGCCAUGGCAGAAGACGGGCUGCUCUUCAAGUUCCUCUCCAGCAUCAACAGCCGCACAAAGACUCCUCUUUCGGCCACUAUCACCUCCGGGCUCCUUGCGGCGGUGAUGGCCUUCCUGCUCGAGCUGAAAGACCUGGUGGACCUCAUGUCGAUCGGCACGCUGCUGGCCUACUCCCUGGUCGCCGUGUGCGUGCUCAUCCUCCGGUACCAAUCCGGGCAGCUGAACUCCCCGAAGGCCGUGGAGAUGCUGGAGCUGAACGGGAAUGAGGAGGAGAGGGUUGUCAUGAACCCAAGCAUCACUGCCAUGGGCACCAAGGAAAUAGAGAAGCCGUCCCUGACGACACUCUUCAACCCGCCCUCAGACACCCCCACAGCGCUCUCGGGGCGCAUCGUCUACACCUGCGUCUGCGUCAUCGCCACCCUAAUCACAAUCAUCUGCGUGGUCCUGACCCUCAAGGUGAAUGCGCUGAAGGAGGCCAACGUGGGCUGGAUCUCAGCCGUGGUGCUGCUCGUGGUGGUUCUGCUCGUUCCCACCAUCAUCAUCUGGAGGCAGCCGCAGAGCAACGCACGGUUGAACUUCAAAGUACCUCUCCUCCCGCUCCUGCCGCUCAUCAGCAUCUUCGUUAACAUCCUGCUGAUGGUGCAGCUGAGUGCCGGCACCUGGGCGCGCUUUGCCAUCUGGAUGGCUGUGGGUUUUAUGAUUUACUUUGGCUACGGCAUUCGGAACAGCGUGGAAGGGAAGAAUGCGGAGCCCCGUGCCGUGGCCGAGAAGCCUCUGCACCACCCCGAGCCAGACCUCAACCCCAGGGCCACCGCGGUCUGACGGAGGCGGCGGCUGCGAUUGACACCGGUACUCGGAGGACUCUGCCAGUAUUCCUGCGCUGGGACGGGGCUGCAACCCGCACAGGCAUCCCCCAGCCCAUGGGGAGCGAGCCCAGACCCCGCGGAGCCGGGCCGUGCGCUGCCCUUUCCCCUCGCGGAGCAGAGGCUGGGGAGCCGAGGCCCCGGGCCGGGUGGGCGAGCCGGUGGCCCGGAGCUGCUCCCUGCAAUCCCCCCCCCGCCGAGGGGCAGCGACACCGGCACGGCCCUGUCACCGUGGAAGCUGCUGUCAGAAGUGCUGCUUUGCCUUCCCACGAGAGGCCCGUGUGAUGGUACAGCUUUAUUCGUGCUGCCUGUCCCUGUGGCCGUGGUCACCUCCUCUGUGUGCUUCCCACGUGCCGGCUGUGUAGGCGCAGUUGUGGCCGUGCCCGGAGCCGUGCGGGGAGGCUGCAAGCGGCUCGUCCUGGCACUGCCGGCGCCCUGGGGCUCUCCAGCAGCACAGGGCUCAGCCACCCGAGGCCCCACUCCAGUUUUGUGCCCCACGCUGAGCCCUGUGCCGCUGGAACCACACUGCUAGGUGUGAGCGUCUGGCUCAGUUGCCUGCGAAGAUAUCAGCAGUAGAGACGUGUCAGUGUCUGUACUCGUCUGCCUUUGUACGAUUGGUGUUUUAAUGUCAAUUUUUAUACCUAUUAAACUCUAAGUGUUUUUUAA